AUGGUUUAUUACAAGGAGUUCGCAGUUAGAACAAAGUUUUCCACAUUUUUUAGUGGUAUUUUAUCACAAUGUCUUAAUUCUUUAGUAUUCAGGUGGACGCACAACGAUCACGUGGAAUUGGCACUCACUUGUGAUACAGAAACUUCUGUUGAGUUGCUCAUAACUCAACUGCUUGCCGAUUUGCUAAGCGAAUCGGAAUUGCUGAAUGGCGUACCGGUUGAAAAAUACGGUCUCAAGAUAUUUGGAUUAGACGAAUUCCUUCCAAAAACGUCUGUCUUAGGGCAUAAUUUGUACGUCGGGAACUGCAUCCUUCAUGGGAAGGAUGUUAAACUGGAGUUCAGAGUUGCAAAAGUUGCCCAUAUGUUUUUUUACGUCUUUAAAUCUAAUCUUAGAACGCAGUUCAAGUUUUCUUCCGUCUUGGAUAAGGAGGAUAUUGAAAAUAUGAUAGUUCAUCUUAAAUCUGAGAUGGCCGAUUAUGAAUUAGCAUUCCGCUCAUCCUCAACACUUAGCAGUAAGUUUUCUACGUCUUCCAAUAAAGUUCGACAAUGCGUUAAGAUGAUAUGUAAGUUGGUAAAUUCAAUAGAACCAACAAAUCUUCAUCAACACUUGCAGAACUAUUUGACAGCUGCUACAAGUGGUCAGCUACGAUGUGCUCGCAAUGAUUUUGUUGCUUCACUUCAUAGUUUCAUAUCGAUAUAUUGCCAAUGCACAUUGAGUUCUUACAAGCUUACACCACUUAGUCCAUGGGUGAAGGACAAGAAGGAAAUUCUGCACUGUAAAGAAAAAUUGAAGGUGAUGGUGAACUCCGUGCAUAAUUUGAUGGAGAGCUGGAUAAGGGAUUACUCGGAGUUCUUCAUUACGGUGAGCGUGUACUAUGGAACACAGGUCUUGGCUGGUCAUAAUAAAUGUAUUUCAAAGGCGGUGAAACACGAUGCGUUUUUUCCUUAUAUUCCAAUGAAUGUUUACGUUUGCUUCGAGGAAAUGUUGUGCACCUGUCCGCGGGAGACAAAGAUAAUGUUCAUUCUUUCUGGAAUUGCUGUUACAUCAAAUGCAGGUGCGAGUGAUGGAACAGAAAAUACACAUCGUUCAUUAGCAUUUGCAUCACUGCCACUAUUUGAUCAUAAUUGCAGACUGUUGCGUCAAGGACAGCUUUUCGUUCCUUUAACCGUGCUAAAGGAUCCCGUGUUGAAACCUUGGGGACCUUAUCCUCUCAUUGCCAAUGAAAAAGAUGCAAUACUCAUUAUCACACUUCCAACGUAUGACUAUGAUGUGGUGUUUCCUGAAGUCGUUGUAGAAUAUCAGAGCGUGAAGCAAGAUUUGUCCUCAUUGGAUAGUGAGACGCAGGAGUAUAUAAUGGAUCUCAUUGAAGCUUAUGAUACGCAAAAACUAACAUCCGAUGAAAGGGAAAUGCUGUGGCAGAAACGUUCAUAUCUCAUGCAUCUACCUGAAGCACUACCGCUUGUUCUAGCGUCCGUUCCAGAUUGGAGCUUCUAUUUUUUGUCAAAUGUCUAUCAGAUUAUUGAAGAUUGGGCGUCUUUGUCACCUGUUCAAGCUAUGGAGCUUCUUCUUCCGCAGUAUCCAGAUGUGCGUAUUAGACAGAAAGCAAUUGAAUGGAUCUUAUGUGCUUCCUCUGAUUUUCUGUUCAACGCGCUACCGCAACUUGUUGAAGGCUUACGAUUUGAAAUUUUCGAAUCGUCUUCACUUGCCGUUGCUCUACUCACACUUUCAUACAAAGAUCGGCGAUUUGCUUUUGAAAUCUAUUGGCAGUUGCAACAAAGAAUAGACCACUGCGUUGAUUUUGCCUAUGCCCAACGUUGUUCAUUGUUGCAAAAAGAACUGCUAGAGCUUUUUAGAGACGAGAUAGCCCGUCAACACAAGUUGCUGAACGAACUCGACUGUAUUCAAAUGGACUUGCGAAGAGAGGAUGCAGAGCACACAAGGUUGCCCUUGUUGCGAUCUCGGCUUGGAACUUUAGAUGGGACUCUUCUUCGCCACAAUGUUCGCUUGCCAUGUCUUCCAUCCUUCAAGUGCAGUGGCGUCGUUGUUAGAGAGUGCAAUAUUUUCAAUUCGAAUGCAAAACCACUUAAAAUUGUGUUUCGUGGCCUAAAUUCCACCUACUCAGUUAUUCACAAGAGUGGCGAUGACAUGAGACAGGAUGCAUUAGUAUUGCAAAUGGUUUCAUUUAUGAAUGAUAUAUGGCUUAGUGAGCGUUUAGAUCUACGAAUGAUAACGUUCCGAUGUAUGCCUGUUGGAUAUAGGAAAGGAAUGGCUGAAUUGGUACUAAAUUGUGCUACUCUGUGCGAAAUUCAAAAAGAAUUCGGCAUGACGGGUGUUUUCAAAGUAGAUGUUAUUCGAAACUGGCUUAUGAAGCACAAUACAACUGAAUUCCUCUAUAAGCAGGCGUUGGACAAUUUCACUAGAUCGUGUGCUGGUUGGUGUGUGGCAACAUAUGUGUUGGGGAUCGGCGAUCGCCAUAACGACAACAUACUUGUAACAACAGCAGGCCAUGUCUUUCACAUUGACUUUGGAAAAUACAUGGGGGACUGGCAAACAGCUGCUGGAUUUAAAAGAGACCGUGUUCCAUUUGUAUUCACUGAUGAAAUGUAUCACGUUAUAAAUGGCGGCAAUCAACAAAAGGAAAGUUACCAAACUUUCAUAGACUACUGUUGUCGGGCAUUCAACUACCUACGUCGUAAUUAUGCCAUUUUGUCCAAUCCUUUGAAAAUUAUGGCCUGCUCGGAUAUAUCUGGUAUGAAUGUCGAGUCACUCAAUUUUGUAGAAAAAAAUCUUAUGCUUGAGUUGAGUGAAACUGAUGCUGUGAUACAGUUCACGCAAUUGAUCAAUCACUCCUUGAAGUCAGCGUUUCCUCGGAUAAACUUCUUCUUUCAUACCUUGGCUCAAGUGAUGUCGUCCACCGGAGCUAGUGCAAGAAACAAUGACAACAUUCUCAGUUUUGUACCACAACUUUACACGCAAACAACGGACGGAAAAAUCGUGCAUGUUCGAGUUAUUUCGUUUGAGAAACGCUUUAUUCCCAACAAAGUAUAUUUUUACAAAGUCGAGGUUGUUCGAGAAUCUGAAGCUGUGUCAACGUUUGUUUACCGGUCAUUUAACGAAUUCAACGAACUCUACAUCAAAUUACGCCGAAGGUUUCCAACAGUAGCAUUUCCGCCUCUCAGCUCUGGAACCAAAAUGCGUUCCAACGUGCGCCAAGUAGCUCAAAGGCGUAUGAUUGAUGUGGAGUCGUUCCUGCGCUACCUAUUCACUCUCAGUCGGGAAGUUUGUCACAGAACCAUGCUGAAUUUCCAUGUAGUCUUAACUGAAUCACACAACAGUCAAUGUGAAAUAUAUCUGAGGAUACAGUUCAAUGGUAACAAACAGCAUUCGAAUCUGAGCAUAUUUGUUGGUCAUGUGAAGCACUUAGCGUUGCUUACAACUGGCCAAGCACCGGAUGCUUAUGUUAAGUCGUACAUCCGUCCGGAUCCACAUAACCUUACUAAACGAAAGACUCAGGUCGUCAAAGCAAGUCAGAAUCCCACGUUUAACAGAGAGAUCUAUUAUGACAUAUUGGAUGGGGACCACGUGCUUUCGACUCGUGUUCUGGAGAUUUCAGUAUGGAAUUCUGGAGGUUUGAAGGAUAACAACAAGUUGUAUAUGCUGUAUGUUCCACUUCAAAAGUUAAAAAAUCGUCCUGAAGAUCGCAAAGGGAAUCGGGUUCUAGAAGGAUGGUUUGCAUUUGAUAAGAACAUUUAA